UGCCCUUGAGUUCGGGAGUGCGGAAAGCAAAGAAAUGGCGAGUACCAACAGUGUAUUAGGCAUGGAAGGCGAACUCAAAUACGCUGAAUACUCUCAGAAGUUAAACAACAGGAGUGAUGCAGAAAUUGACAGAAAAAUAGGCGCGACGUUAAUUACUGUAGGACUUGGUGUGGCAGCAGCAGCCUUUGCAGGACGGUACACAUUUCACCUGUGGAAACCUUUAGGACAAGUGAUCACAGAAACAGCAAAGAAAAUGCCUGCAUCUUCAUUUUCAUCAUAUUACAAAGGUGGAUUUGAACAGAAAAUGACCCGACGGGAAGCCAGUCUCAUUUUAGGUGUGAGCCCGACAAGUAACAAGACCAAGAUAAGAGAGGCUCAUAGAAGGAUCAUGGUUUUAAAUCACCCUGAUAAAGGUGGAUCUCCCUACUUGGCGGCUAAAAUCAAUGAAGCAAAAGACCUUCUGGACUCCAGCUCUCGACACUGACUCUGUUCUUAUCAAAAACAGUUCUGGACAGCAGCCUUUGGAAUUUCCUCUUUCCUCAGCUCCUUAGUUCCUCUGUACCGACUGGGACUGGAAUCUGACUCACUAAGGAAAUAUUAAUCUUCUGUUUAUGUGAGAUUGAGGUCAUGUGUAGUUCAACUUCAGUAUCACAUAUAUUCACAGGGAAAGGACCCAGUGGUUCCUUUGCCUGGUCCUGAGGGACCACUGUGCCUUUUUGUUUACAAAUGAGCCCUGAAUCACCAGUGCUAACUGGUCCCUGUAGUUGGCCUGCUUACUUUGACUUCUGUACUCAGUCCUCAUUGCAGAAAUAAUCGCCUAGAAACAUGUUAUUUAUAACCGCUUACGCAUACAGCCUGUCCUUAAUUCUGAAUUUAUAGCUAUUAAUAGUUGAACAAUUUGUGAUAAACAGACACAGUGGAAAUGAAACAUUCCCGCAAUGAGUGUGUUUUUCCCUUCUGUUGAGGUUCAAUUUAAAACUUUUGAGGUAACACCUGAAUAAGGGGAGUUGUGAAACGCAGACAUUGGCAGAGCAUUGAUACCGAUUACAAAUCCCAUUCAGCGGUUUAAGAGCUGAAAGGAAAUUUAAAAAUAUGCUCCAGAUAGAAUAUUGAAAUCAAUUAGCCUGAGAUUAACAUCUCUGCAGGAACAAAAAAACGGAAAAUACAAUAGUUCCCAAGGAUAAGGGGAAUAGAUCUCUGUAAUGGAAAUACUGAAAUAGUAGUUGCACUGCCUUUGAGACGACAGAAAAGAAAUGAAUCAUUUAGCAUUGUCAUUUUGUCAUCAGAUGCAAAGGAAGCAAGAUGGAUUUUGUUAGAAAACAUUUUUUGAGUGAACAUGGGUAAGCAAAUUAUUUUAAAGUGCCCCAAAUUUGGAGGAUAUUGAAGCACUACUAGUAUGACAAACAAUGCCCUUGAAUAUAAUAAAUAUUAGAAGUGAUAGGGUUAAGUGUUGCGUGAACUUUGGAUAUUGAAAUAUCAGAAAUUAAAUAUGUAAAUAACUUCCUAAA